AUGAAACCCAUAAACGAUGUUCGAAAUUCGGCGAACGAAACAAAUUGUUUCAAGUGGACCAAAGAAGCGGAUUUGGCGCUCAAGGAAAUUCAACGACGACUCUCCGAGACUCCUGUCAUAAGCUUUCCUAACUUUGACGAGUCUUUUCACCUCUACACAGACGCGAGCCUGUACGCAGCGGGUGGUGUUCUGCUACAAGAGUAUGGCGGGAGAGUGCACCUAGUAAGCGCGAUUUCCCACACCUUCAACAAAGCUGAAAGAAAAUGGAACACUUCAGAAAAGGAAAUGUUUAGCAUUGUCUGGUGCUGCGAGCGACUGGAAAAGCUCCUGAAAGGUAGAUUCUUUCAGAUUCACACAGACCACAGAUCUUUGAUCUUCCUACACAAAAAGAAGUUCAAGAAUUCUAAAAUAAGCCGAUGGCAAAGCCGAUUGGAAGAAUUCGAUUUUCACAUUGUCUACAUCAAGGGAUCAGAAAAUCAAUUCGCCGAUUUUAUGAGCCGCAGACCUGGCGAGGACGACAAAUCACUUGGAUACGACUCUGAGUUUCCCGUUGGUCGCGAGUACGAAAUCGACAAGAAUUCACCAGUACGUGUCUUCGUCCCUUUCUGGAACGAAAAUCAGUUUCCGGAGAAAAUCACUUUAUCAGAGGUGAAGAUACAUAAGGUAAACGUCAAGGCUAUCGCGGCGCCAAUGGAGAUUCCGUUGGUGUCAGCGAAUUAUAAUAACAUUCUGGACUAUCAAAGGGAGGACUCUGCUCUGAGUGCAAUCAUCACUUUUCUGGAAUCUGCUCACGACUUGUCCGGUCAUCUGGGCGAGCCGCGGACUUUAGAGCGAUUAGAGGACGUUUGGUGGCCUUCAUUUCAAGACGAUGUUUCUAACUACGUCCACAGCUGCGUCCCUUGCCUACGCAGAAAAGGAUCUGCUGGAACUCGUACCAAACCGCCACUUGGAACCCUUCGUCGUGGAAAAACAGCUGGCGAAUCGAUUCAGAUCGAUUUCGCUUGUAUGCCUCCCGCUGGCGGAUUCAAGUAUUAUUUGGUGGUGGCGGACACUUUCUCUCGCUACACUUGGUGCAUUCCGACGCGGUCCGACACUGCUAUCUGCGCUGCAAAAGCGCUCAUCUACAAGGUCUUCCUUCCCAUGGAUUUCUUGCCGAAACAUCUACACAGUGACAGAGGUACCCACUUCUGCGCAAGCGUGAUUGACGAAAUGUGUAAGCUUAACCAGAUAAAACAUACAAUAAGUACCGCAUUUCACCCUCAAUCAAACGCUUUCGCAGAAAGAGCGAAUCGGACUAUCAAAAACAGUCUAUUCUGCAUGGUCAACUCAUCUUCCGGUCGAAAAACUUGGGCCGACUGCGUUCCCCACGUGAUGCGCGCGCUCAAUAGUGUGAAAAACAAAAGCACGAAAAUUUCACCGCGAGAAGUUUGGUUUGGCCGAAAAAGUACUUUCACCCACUCUACUGGCGCAGAAAUGACAGCGGAAACACCUCAGGUGUUUGGUCUCAAUGUUGGAGCUUUAGCGAAAUCGGCGGAAGCCAUUGUGAAAACUGCGAUGGAAGCUGCUGACCGAGCCAUGGAGCACAGGCUGAAAAACGAGCCUAAGCCGAGACCAAUCCCGCUGGCGCUGUCGUGUACAUUAAGCGAGAAAACCUGA